GUGACGAUUCAUCGAAUUGAAGCUAAUAACCCCACUGGACUCCGUAUGCACCUGGCGAAGCUCUUUACAGACCUGUCGAGGCAGGCUCUUAGUGAUGGCCAUAUAAUUGUUCUAGAGCCAGUAGUGUCCCUGACCAUAUCAGGCCCUCCAAGCGUCAGAGGAACGUUGAGUGGCCCAGUGUACGCGGAGAUAGUCCGGCAUCGGCGAGGGUUUGUGGCCAGCUCUGACUUGAAGGAUGAGUACACCUUCGAAAUGCAGGCAUUCCUCCCGCAGUCCCACAUGAGCGGGUACGCGUCCCAAAUACGGGGGAUGACCAGUGGCCAGGCGGACAUCCAU